AUGAAUUAUUUUGAUCUUUUGAAAAAGAUUGAAUUUGAUAAUUAAAAGAAGAAAAUUUUGAAAUAGGUACUUUGGAAUAUCAACCUAGUAGGAUGAUGACAUUAAAAAUGAAUAACUUAAGAAUGUUUUCUUAUAUCAAUUGUGGAAAUAAUAAUCGAAUUUGGAAAACAGUUUACAUAAUGCUAACAGUUCUGAAUAUAUUACAGAGUCCAAUAGUUGCACUCAAAUGUUAUAUAUGUGGUGAUCCUGACAAUGUUUUAUUAAAUUUUAAUAUAACUCCACAAUUAAAUCCAAUAUCAUGUGAUGAAUUAAAUCGUCUCAGAAAUGAUACGAUAGGAAUAUCAACUACAACAACUACUACAACAGGAAUAAAAUCAACAACAAAACUAACUAGUCAAGAUCAAAUGAAAUUAUUAGAAAAAUUCACAAUGAAAUGCCCGGAAGAUUAUCAAGGUUGUAUAACACAAAUUCAAGAUGGAAAAGUUACAAGAUCUUGUGAUGUAAUGCCAAUUGAUGAUUGUGAAACAGCAAAUGGUGUAACAUAUUGUUAUUGUUCAUAUGAUCUAUGUAAUAUUGAUGAUGAAACAAAAUCAAAUUCAGUUAGUACAAGAACACAAACAUCAUUUAAAAGUUUAAUUAUUGAAAAAUCAUCAUAUAUAUCACCAUAUUUCGAUGAUGAAGAUUAUUCGGAAAUGUCUGGUGAUAAAAAUUUAGAUAUAAAAGAAAUUGAAUCAGAAAAUUCAUUUGAUACAACAGUAAGUAAUUCAGGUUCAAUUGAUUUAAAUCGUAUUGCAAAAGAGCAUAAUGAAAAAAAAUCAACAAUAUUAACAGUUAUAUCAACAACAUUACCAACAAAAAAUAUAACAACAACAACAACAAAUAUAAAUUCACCACAAUUAAAUAUAAUAGUAAGAAAUAUAACAACAAUAAAUUCAAAUAUUAAUGAAGACAACAAAACAAAAGCAUUUAGUUCAACAACACACAGUUCAACGACAACAAUACCAACAACAUCAACAACAACAACAACUUCCAAUAAUAAUAAUAAUUCAAUUUAUAUGAAAGAGAAUUCAUGGCAAACUUUUCGAAUUAAAACUUAUGAUAAUCAAGAAAAUAAUAAUAAUCAACAAUCAACAACAAAACGAACAAUCGAUUUAUUUCCAACAACAAAUAUUUAUAAUCGAAAUUCAGAUACAAAUCGAAAUCAUUGCAAUUUAAUUAAAUUUUAUAUUUAUUUAUUAAUAAUUCCAAUAAUUUUAAUUAUUAAAAUUUAAAAAAAAAAAUUUUUAUUUA